AUGUCGGUCGAUCCAAAUCUUCUCACUCCAUACAAGAACACAGGAGCUGCCAACGCUUCGCUCCGUCAGAUCUCUGAAGAUGCCUUCUACGUCGUCAAUGAGGUCGUCAUGAAGCGUCUUGGGCAUGUUCCAAUUCUCAAGGGAGACUUCCAUCUUCUGCCAGCCAAGGUUCAACGCUUCAUCGCCGAGAAGGCGGAGUUGAUGCGUCCACGUGGAAUCUUCAUCUGCGAUGGAUCUCAACAUGAAGCUGACGAGCUUAUCGACAAGCUCAUCGAACGUGGAAUGCUCUCCAAACUCGAGGCUUACGAGAACAACUACAUCUGCAGAACGGAUCCAAAGGACGUUGCACGUGUCGAGUCAAAGACCUGGAUGGUCACCAAGAACAAGUACGACACUGUCACACAUACUAAAGAAGGAGUUGAGCCAAUCAUGGGACACUGGCUUGCACCAGAAGAUCUUGCAACUGAGCUCGACUCUUUCCCAGGAUGUAUGGCUGGACGUAUCAUGUACGUUAUUCCUUUCUCCAUGGGACCAGUCGGAGGACCACUCUCCAAGAUUGGAAUCCAACUUACCGAUUCGAACUACGUCGUCCUCUCCAUGAGAAUCAUGACCCGUGUCAACAACAGCGUCUGGGAUGCUCUCGGUAACCAGGAUUUUGUCCGUUGCAUUCACUCCGUAGGACUCCCUCGUCCAGUCAAGCAACGUGUCAUCAACCACUGGCCAUGCAAUCCAGAACGUGUCCUCAUUGCUCAUCGUCCACCAGAGCGUGAAAUCUGGUCCUUCGGAUCCGGAUACGGAGGUAACUCUCUCCUCGGAAAGAAAUGCUUUGCUCUUCGUAUCGCCUCCAACAUUGCCAAGGAUGAAGGAUGGAUGGCCGAGCACAUGCUUAUUAUGGGUGUCACUCGUCCAUGUGGUCGUGAACACUUCAUCGCCGCCGCUUUCCCAUCUGCUUGCGGAAAGACUAACUUGGCUAUGCUCGAGCCAACCUUGCCAGGAUGGAAGGUCAGAUGCGUCGGAGACGACAUCGCUUGGAUGAAGUUUGGAGAAGACGGAAGACUUUAUGCUAUCAACCCAGAAGCUGGAUUCUUUGGAGUUGCUCCAGGAACAUCCAACAAGACUAAUCCAAUGGCUGUUGCCACUUUCCAGAAGAACUCUAUCUUCACGAAUGUCGCCGAGACCGCUAACGGAGAAUAUUUCUGGGAAGGUCUUGAGGAUGAGAUCAAGGACAAGAAUGUUGACAUCACCACGUGGCUCGGAGAGAAAUGGCACAUCGGAGAGCCAGGAGUGGCUGCUCAUCCAAACUCCCGUUUCGCUGCUCCAGCCAAUCAAUGCCCAAUCAUCCAUCCAGACUGGGAAAGCCCACAGGGAGUUCCAAUCGAGGCUAUCAUCUUCGGAGGACGUCGUCCACAAGGAGUCCCACUCAUCUACGAGACCAACUCAUGGGAGCAUGGAGUUUUCACUGGAUCGUGUCUCAAGUCAGAAGCCACCGCUGCCGCUGAAUUCACUGGAAAGACUGUCAUGCAUGAUCCAAUGGCUAUGCGUCCAUUCAUGGGAUACAACUUUGGAAAGUACCUUCAACAUUGGUUGGACCUGAAGACCGAGUCUAGAACGAUGCCAAAGAUCUACCACGUCAACUGGUUCCGUAAGGAUGCUAACAACAAGUUCUUGUGGCCAGGAUUCGGAGACAACAUCCGUGUCAUUGACUGGAUCAUCAGAAGACUCGACGGAGAGACUGAUAUUGGAGUUGAGACUCCAAUCGGUACAGUUCCAGCCAAGGGAUCCAUCAACUUGGAAGGACUCGGAAAUGUCAACUGGGAUGAGCUCAUGUCUGUGCCAGCUGACUACUGGAAGCAAGAUGCUCAGGAGAUCCGCAAGUUCCUCGAAGAGCAAGUCGGAGAGGAUCUUCCACAACCGGUUCGUGCCGAGAUGGAUGCUCAAGAGAAGCGCGUUCAAUCAUUGUAG